GUACGUCGCCGUCCUGCCGCAUCAGUUUAUUAUGAUGAUAUGAUGGAUAAACACUACAAAUCAUCACUACUUCUUUAAUUUAUUACACAAACAGCGAUAUGGCGGAGGCAGAGGGCAUCAGCAGUGCCACUCCUACAGAGGAGAUAAACGGCGCCGGGAACCUGAUGGACUUCUUGGACGAGCCGUUCCCAGACGUUGGCACUUACGAGGACUUUCACACCAUCGACUGGCUGAGAGAGAAAUCCAGAGACACGGACAGACACCGGAAGAUCACCUGUAAGAGUAAAGAGUCCAUCUGGGAGUUCAUUAAGAGUUUGCUGGAUGCCUGGUCAGGAUGGCUGGUGAUGCUGCUGAUUGGUCUGCUGUCAGGCACACUGGCCGGAGUGAUCGAUCUGGCUGUUGAUUGGAUGACGGAUCUGAAGGAAGGCGUGUGUCUGUCUGCGCUCUGGUACAGUCACGAGCAGUGCUGCUGGACGUCCAAUGAGACCACCUUCGCCGACAGAGACAAGUGUCCUCAGUGGCAGAAAUGGGCUGAACUGAUGACGGGAUACACUGAGGGCGCAGGUGUGUAUGUGCUGAACUACUUCCUGUACGUGCUGUGGGCGCUCUUCUUCUCCUUCCUGGCCGUGUCUCUGGUGCGAGUGUUCGCUCCAUACGCCUGCGGAUCAGGAAUACCAGAGAUAAAGACAAUCCUGAGCGGCUUCAUCAUCCGCGGGUAUCUGGGCAAGUGGACGCUGCUCAUAAAGACGGUCACGCUGGUGCUGGCCGUGUCAUCUGGCCUCAGUCUGGGGAAAGAAGGGCCGCUCGUGCACGUCGCCUGCUGCUGCGGAAACCUGUUCUGCAGCCUCUUCUCCAAAUACAGCAAGAAUGAGGGCAAACGCAGAGAGGUUUUGUCGGCAGCUGCGGCCGCAGGAGUGUCGGUUGCGUUCGGAGCUCCAAUUGGAGGAGUUCUGUUCAGUCUGGAGGAGGUGAGUUAUUAUUUCCCUCUGAAGACGUUAUGGCGGUCUUUCUUUGCGGCACUGGUGGCGGCUUUCACGCUGCGCUCCAUCAACCCGUUUGGCAACAAUCGUCUGGUUCUGUUCUACGUGGAGUAUCACACGCCGUGGUACAUGGCCGAGCUGGUGCCGUUCACCUACACGCGGCGUAGCACCAGUGAGCUGAUCUCAGAGCUGUUCAACGACUGCGGCGCACUCGAGUCCUCGCAGCUCUGUGACUACAUCAACAACCCCAACAUGACCCGGCCUGUGGAUGACAUCCCCGACAGACCCGCCGGGCCCGGCGUCUACAGUGCCCUAUGGCAGCUCGCGCUAGCGCUCGUCUUCAAGAUCAUCAUUACCAUCUUCACAUUUGGGAUGAAG